GUAGAACUUUCCUCAGAGAAAUAGAGCGCAUUUCAACAGAAAUAAAGAAGUGAAGUGAAGCUGAAUUUCAUUCCAGGAUGAAGAUCCUCCUCAUCGUCACUCUCUCCCUGAUCUCAGGUCCAGUAGACUGUUCUGAUGUGAUUGGUUACUCAGGAGGAAGUGUCACUAUAAUUUCUAACAUAAACUGGCAUGCACACAAUAGUAAAUAUAUUUGUAAGAUGGAAGGAAACAACUGCACUGAUAAAAUACAUGCUGAUACCAAACGCAGCAAAGUUCAAGAUGGAAGAUUCAAGUUGUAUUCAAAUACAAAAAAUAAUUUCACAGUAUUGAUCAGAAAGUUGAAGCCACAGGAUGCUGGAACAUACAGAUUUGGAUUGGGGAAUCAGAGUAACUCCACUGUGAACCUAAAAGUUCUUAAAAAUGCAUCUUGGGGGGUGCCAAAAAUAAUGAACGCUUAUCUUGGCCAGAAUAUCACCAUCACCUGUAACUAUCCAGGGGAAUAUGAGAGAAACAACAAAUAUAUCAGCACAGUGGAUGAUGACAAUAUUAUUAAAAGAAUUCUGGACACGAACACAAACCUGAAGAACGGCAGAUUCUCCAUUUCUGAUGACAGAAAUGCAAAAGUUCUCCGUGUGAACAUCAGCGACGUGAGAGAAACUGAUGAAGUAUUUUAUUUACUUGGCGUGUGGAUUGGAGACGGGUCAGUCAGAUAUUACUCCUACUUUAUCGAGAUGUGGCUACAUGUUACAGGAGUGAGCGCACCGACAGAAACUCCAGUGUGUUUCAGUUCCACUGCCAUCAUCAUCAGUGUGUGUGUCAGUGUGUGCGUGUAUCUGCUGCUGAUUGGAGGAUUUGCACUGGUGAGCUACAAACUGAGACAAAAGAGAACACAAGAUUCUGUGCCUUCAUCCAAGAGGAAUGAAAAUAAACAAGUUCCUUCUGUUUCUGAGAAUGUCAUGGCUAGUGUACCCCCAUGUGAAAACUUGAACAUCAUCAUGAGAUUCAAUCAUCAGAAACCAGAAUCAUUUACAGGCCAAUCAGAUUCAACAUACCAAACACUGGACCCCCUCACCAUCCAGUCUGAUUCAGACUACACGUCCCUGAUUAACACCACUGAACAACUACCAAUGUCUUCUCACUACCAAUGCCUGAAUCCUAGAACUCGGACUAACUCGGUUUACCACACCCUUCAUUCUUAAUGCUUACUUUUUCAUUUAUUAAUUUUGUUGUGAUGUGAGAUGAAUGAUUAAAAAAAAGUUAACUGUUGGAAAAUUGCUAUGAUAUAAGUUUGGACAUGUUGUUAUUGGAAAAUGAUCACCUCAGGGUGGGAAUACAUAGUUUUCACUGACGUCAUGGCAUUCCGGGGAACGCCCUCCAGCUGCCAUCUUGUGGGGCAAACAAAAUGGACCAUCCCCAUUACCGGCUACGUUAUCUCGGACGAAUUUAUGAAGUUAUAUAGUCAGUUUUCUAAAAUAAAGAUCAAAUGGCAAAAUCAAGCAAACAGAAGUAUAUAGAUACAUUAGAUGACAUCUCACGACAACGAUAUGCAGCCAAACUGGCCUUGAUUGGGGGAAUUGACCCCUACGAAGUGGACAAAGAUGCAUUUUCAAGUGACUAUGCAGGGCUGCCAAAGCCUGAAACUGCCAAAGCCUGCUCCAAAGCCUGAAACUGACUUCAUCAAACUUUAAAGGCUGUCUGAUAUAUACAACUUUAUGCAAACAGCGUGUCUUUUGGCGGAUGCCGCCUUUUUCACGGCUGAAUUGCGCAGAUCCAAUUUUUUUUUUUUUUAGGGGGGG